AUGAUCGCCUCUUCAGCAAAGCAUAUUCCGCUUCCCACCCCGCAUUUCGCCAAGCCCAAGCGCCACCGCCGCUCAGGCCCAGCCCGCAUGGACCCCACCGACCAGUCGCCGGAGGAGGUGUACUCCGUGUGGGCCCUCCCGCCGGAGCCCGUCCGCGACCGCCUCCGCGGCCUCAUGGCCGGCCUCCGCGCCGCGCACGGCGGCCCGCCCUUCGAGCCGCACGCCACCGUCGUCGGCGCCGUGCGCAUGCGCCGCCCCGCCGCAAUCCAGGCCCUCCGCGCCGCCGCCGCCGCCGCCGGCGUCGCCCCCUACACCGCCCGCGUCACCGGCGUCGCCCGCGGCGACUUCUUCUACCAGUGCGUCUACCUCCUCCUCGAGCCCACCCCCGAGGUGAUCCAGACAAGCGACCACUUCUGCGCCCACUUCGGGUUUCAGAGAUCAACCCCAUAUAUGCCACAUGUAAGUCUCCUGUAUGGGGAUCUAACAGACGAAGAGAAGGAAGCAGCAAGGAAGAAAGUAGAGGAAAUGGGCAGUGAAAUUUCUGGACUGCAGUUUGAGAUCUCCGAGCUCGCACUUUAUCAAACGGAUACUGAGGAUAAAAGCUUGGAGUCCUGGGAACUGGUGGAGGUAUGCCACCUUGGGAAGAAGUGA